AUGGGCAAGCUGGUGCCCAAGAAGUCUGCGCCGGCAUCCAUAAUUCCCAGCUUUGAAGCGGAUGUUCAUAAGAUUAUUGAUCAGUUUGUACUAAAGGUCCGCAGAAAUUGUUUUGGAAAUGGUAACGUAGCAACUGGCUUACGACUCCAAGGUUCAUUGCAGGUUCAGGGCAACGCCCCGCUGAAGCUUGCUACCUUUAAGGAAAUAUGGCUUGAUGGGUCUUUCACUUUCAUCCAUCAGGCUGUACCACUCAACGUACCGGCAAGAGACUUUUUGCAGCUGUUAUAUGCCGUCGCGCUAAACCGCUUAGCUGACCCCAGUCCGUACUUGGACUAUAGGCCCGCUCCAUGCGAGCUAACCGGUGCCGCAGCCCCUACCGGACCGGAGGUGCGGAAGCGACCUGGUCGUAAGAAGAAGGCCUCAGGAAGCUCGGGCGCUGGAGCAGGCGUCGGCACUGGGCAGGAGCAGCUGCCUCAGGCCGACACCGCAGCGGCCGCUAGACCCCCCACCAGUGGCGUUGACGCCCCUGGCACCGGCAACCAUGCCACAGCAGAGGACGAUCCUCUUGGCCAGGAAUACGACCUGUUGGCCCACAUCGAUGAGCUAUUCGGAGGUGACCUGCUUGAGCAGGACGCCCAGUACCUGACAGGCGGGCUGCCGUCGGCAGUUCAGCCACAUGCUGUCCCUGCCGGGAACACCCAGGGGGGCCCGCCGAGCACCGGGGCCCCCCCCGUGCCACUGCCGCUGUCGCUGCUGGCGCUUCCCCCGGGUGCCCCUCAUGAGCAGCAGCAGUGCAUACCCACACUGCUCCCUGCGGUCCCUGUGAAGGGAGGUGCAGAGCAGCAUGUGAGACGGGACCCCACAGACCCCAACAACGCCACCGCGGAUGGCGUCUUAGGGGAUGACGACCGGGGCGGCGCGCAGCUGCUGUGUUCGGCCUUGCUAGCUGGCACGAGUGGGGCACUGGGGGCUCCCACGGCGCCAUGGGGCUUGGAAGAGGAGGACGACUACGACGGCUCUGCUGCACCUGCCGCAGUCCCAGCAGUCCCCGCAGCCGCUUCCUUGGCUGCAGCUUCCAGUUGGGGCGGCCUGGCGCUGCCCGGGGUUGGCACCUGUCUGCGGGGCCUGUGCACGGAGGCAGCUGAAGACCAUGUAGGGUUGCCUUCCCCGUCCUACAAGCACCACCAUUAUCAACAACAACAGCAGCAACAGCAACAGCAAACGACGCCAGCGUUGCCGCAGUCCUUCCUAUUGUCUCAACCCGCGGGUGACCCGGUGCUGGGGGUCCCGGAGGAGGUGACGGCGGCAGCAGCAGCGCAGCAACAGCCGCCAGGGGGGUUCGCCGCGGUCCGCUCCGAUGCAGCUGCCUCUGCCGCGCAGUUGAUGCGUCCCGCUAAGGCAGUGGCGGGCACUUCAGAGGAGCGGACGGGAGCGCACCCCCCCCACCUGGGCAGCGGGCGAACCGGUCCUGCCGCGGACGUCCUGCCCGCACAGGCCGCCCACCCGCACUGGAGCCCCUCCUCGGACCUCCACCCGGAGACAUCGGGGCCUGCCGUCGGGCCUGCCCCCACAGCCCCCGCAGGUCCUUUGAGAGGUCCUGGUCCAGACCUGCCCUCGAACCCCACGGUCGCGACGGGGCGGCCCCCCAGCGGAGGUGCAGCCCCCGCCGAGGGCGCUGCGGCACCGCCGUGUGAGGGCAGUAUCCCGGGGGCGAUACUCCAGCUCCCAACGCUGCCUCUGGCGCUGCUGCACCCGCAGUCCGCACCGCAGCAUCAGCGGCCUCCUGCAGCGCAGCCGGAGGUACCAGGUGCCGCCCCGCGGUGGACCCCUCGCUCCGCCCAGCAGCAACACGCGGCCGAGCUGGUUGGCCCAGCGGCUGAUGGCCCCGGGGCUGCGACAGGGCGGGAGCUGGGCACCGUGGCUGCACCCGCCGACGAACCCGAACCGGGGGGUGUCCGGAGCCCAGCGACAGCGGUGGCCACUGCGGUGGAUGCAGAUGUGGGUCCGUUGGUACCGGGUGCGGGUGCGGGUGCGGGUGCGGGUGGGGGGGGCGGAACCCCGGUAGCUGCAGUUGGCCACCAGCCCGCGGAUGCUGAAGGCCGAGAGGCCGCGAACCUGCUGCACGUAUCAAAUACCCUACCGGCGGGGCUGCCGCCUCCCGGGCCGGAUGUACCGCUGUCCGCUCGCGUGGGAGCUAUCUAUGCCGUGUACUGCUUGUACGGCACGCAGCUAUGCCAGCCUCCCGUACGGGUGUACUUGCCGCUGGCGCUGCUGAGCUGUCUGGUGGAGACGGUCAGAGAGGCGGCAGCUGCUGGACUAAGGGACGUGGUGGCUGUUGUGCGGGAGCUCUGGCGCGGGGGGGCUCUGGUGCCGGGUGGUGUGGCUCGCUACCUGGGGGCCACCACUCCGCCCAGGCUGGAGAGCGGGGCCGCGGCCGCCGCCGGACGGGCCCAGGCCAUCGCCGCGGGUCGCUGGGUCGCCGGUCAGCGGCUGGAUCCCUUCCGCACCCGCGAGGCCACCUUCUACGAGGUCCUCGUGUCCAACCCCGUCCUGCGCCAGGCGCUACUGCACCUCCGUACGGCCCUGCCCCUCCUCGCGGACUUGGAGUCCUUCCAGAUGCUCUGCGAGCUGUACGGCCAGCAGCGGGAGGCGGUCUUCAGAUCCGACGACGGCGGCGGCAGCGGCUUGCCUGAUGUGCUAUUUGAAGCGCGUGUCGGUGGGGAUGUACGGCGUGGAGUUCGGGCUAUGUUUGCGGAGGUGCUUAAGGCGCUGCGGCGGCCGCCGGCGCACCGCCGCCGCGCUGAGGAGAAGCGGCUGCAGCGCGAGCUGGAGGUCCAUCGAGCUGCGGAGGAGGCGGCGCGUGCGGAGGCGGAGGCAGCUGCAGGCCCGCGCACGGUGGCAGAGGCGCUGGCGCAGGUGGCGGCGCGGCCCCCAGCCCCCCCGCGUCGGCGCGUGGCGGGGGAGCUGGGUGCGCUGAUGCGGAAGCGCGCCAUGCAGCGGCCUGGGGAAGGGGAGGCUGCGGGGUUGGGAGGGGGCGGCGGUAUUGGUCGUGCGGGGGGGUGGCUGGGCCCGGUCAGCAGCGGCCGGCCGGGCCAGCGCCGCGUGGUGGUCAUCCGCCACAGGAGCGAGUUGGCAUCUGCCGGGCUGCUGAGCGGGGAGGGGUCGCGGGGCGCCGCCCCCCCGGGGGUACCCCCCCGCGUGCUGCAGGCUGAGGAGGCGCGGCGGCAGCGGGUGCAGGACGUGGCGGACACCUGGCUCACCCGCCACGACCGACUGAUGGGCGCAGAGCGGGGCGACACGGAGGAGGAGCAGCGGCCACGGCCGCCUUCAACCCAGCAACAGCAGCAACCGCAACAGCAGCAGCUGUUGCCUCGGCGACAAAGAGCGGACACGGACCCCGCACGGGGACCUGGUGCGGGGACGGCGGCUGGGGUUUACGGGUCGUACGUCCGCGGUGGCACCACAUCGGAUUCAGGCGACCUGUUACAACGCGGAGGGCGGACGGUGGGGCAGGUGGUGAUGGCGGGUAGGGGCGAAGGCGGUCCCGGGAUUCCGGGGCCGUCGCUGCCGAGCGGUGUGGAUGCCAACAUCACUGCUGGUGAGGACGACGACGCAGACGACGAUUUCGAUGUGGAUGCGGAGCUGGAAGCGGCCUUUGCCGAGAUGGAGGAGGUCGCCGUCGACUCACCCUCCCCUAAGAAACACGUAACGUCACCAGCAAAAGCAGCAGCAGCGACAGCAGCUGCUGCGGCAGCAGCAGCGGGAGUGGACAACAAUAAAGCAGCUCGCACAGGCAGCACCAGGGUUCAGGAGCCGUCGCCCGGGGGGGUUUGCGGUCGCGGUCGCGGUCGAAGGAAUGCCGUGCAGGGACGGGGCCGAGGUCGCGGCGAGUUCGCUGACGGCGGUAGUGCUGGCGGCGACGUCUCUGGCGGUGCAGGGGGACAGGGACAGCAGGCCCCCAGCAGCGCUGUUAAGAGCAGCUCCCCGCUGCCCGUCCUGGCUGAUGUCCACCCGCGCCUCAACGUCACGUGUGGGGGCGUCUCAGGCGUCAUGGACACGCGCACCCGCAUUGUGAGUUGCGGUUGUGAGUCCUGUGCCACCGCCGCCGCCUUUGCCGCCGCGGCCCUCAUCAGGCGCAGCCCUGGUCACCCGCGGGGCGGCGGCAGCGGCGAUGCGGAGCAGCAGCAGUCCCCGCAGGCGAAGCAGAUCCUGGCCAUGCAGUGGCCCGAACACUGCGGGAUCCCGGGCGGUGAGAAGAAAUGGCAGACCCUGAUUCAGGUGGUGGUGUGCGAUGAGGAGGAGAUAAGUCGGGGCACUGAGGCAGUACGACGGCCCUCCCUGGAGGCGUUCCUGCGCCGCAACGGGCUUCUGUUAGGCCGACGAGUAUCAGCAGCAGCAGCAGCAGUCGGGGAUCCCGGGGCACCUCCGGGUGGAGGGCGAGGUCAGGGCCGCGGCGGGAGGCAGCCCGGGCCAUCGAGAUCCCCCCGCGCGCGGGGCCGUGGUCGCGGCGGGGGCCGCGGUGGGCGAUUGGGCAAGCGCUCGCGCUCAGCUGCUCAUGUCGACACCACGGAGGAAGAGGACGACGAGGAUGGGAUCGGUGAUGCUGCCGGGUCCGAAGGAUAUCAGGAGGAGGGAGGGCUCGGCCCCCGGUGUAACGCGGCGGGAGGGGCCGAGGCUCCCAGUCAGGAUGGGCUGGCAAUCGAUCUCAAACCCAGUCAAGACGCGGCAGGGCUGCCGCAAAGGAAGCGCGCGCGGGGAUCACAUGUGGCUCAGGGGCGGGAUGCCGAUGACGACUCCUAUGGCACCACAGCUGCAAGAACCCGUGUAGGGGCGGCGCUCGCAAACGGUCCCCGAGGCGCCUGCGGGGUUGGUGCUGCGGGAGUAGUGAAGCCCGAGACCGAGGCUGAGGCUGACGCUGGCAAGUUCGGCGGUGCUGGCGGUCAGGGCAGUCAGCUGGAUUUCGACGACCUGCUGGAGGAGCUCGGCCAGGCUGAUGCGGAGCUCAUUCGGCAGACGCAGCUCGCUCUGCGGGCGCAGCGAGAGGCCUUGGAGAUGCUGCAGCGAAUGCGGUUGCCGCCUCAGCCUCUUGACACUGCAACCCAGCAACGGCCGCGCGCCCUAACAGCGCUGGUUCCGCCAGCUGCGGCGUUUGCUGCGGAGCCGGUGGCCGCAAAUAACGGAACCUCGAUCCUGGGGGCCGUUCCAGCAGCUAGCCGCCGCCUCACGGCUCGUCCGCCUCUACCGCCUCGGGCAGCUCCAGCCGCGCGACGUCAGCAGCAGCAACAGCAGCAGCAACAGCAGCAGCAGAGAGAGCGCGCCAAGCCUGAAGCUGGCCGAGAAGCUGAGGUGAAGCUUCCUAAGCCGCGCAAGCGCCGCGCCUGCGGUGUCGAGUGCGGGCGACAGGACGAUGCUACGAUGGGUCGCGUGGCCACGGGCGUUACUGGAGGGGAACAGCUCGUGACCACGGGUGUGGAACUGCAGGUCGCAGCAGCUGCAGUUGAGGCGGCGGAUGGGAAGCACCCGCGGCGUCGGCGCCCUGCGGCUGAUUUUAAUCCAAGUUGGGGAAUGAAGACGGAAGAGGUGGAGGCAGGGCUCCAUCAGGCUGUCGACAAAGUUGCAGAUCCUGCGGACGGUCAAACCCGAGCCAGGCCCCCGGGAGAAGGCCGCGACCCAGGGGACUGCAAUGCGGUUCAGGGUGCGGAUGCAGCUGUGUACGGGAAGGAUGAAAACAAAGAUGCAACACGGAAGCCGCCAAUGGGCGACCCUGGACAGGCGAACAUGGCAUGUCUACCUGCCAAAGACGACGACGAUGACCUCGCUGACUUCGACGCCAUGUUUGCAGCCCUGAAGGCCGUGAACGGCCUGUGA